UUCGUAAACAGCAGCCGUAGUGUUUAAUACGUUAGAUUUUAUUUCGAUACGCCGAACGGGGUGUUACGCGAGUGCUGUUUGUUAUUAUUUUUAUUUCCUCUAUAUAUUCAAUUGCGUGUGUAGAAAAUCUGUAUUAUUAGUGUUUUUUUGGUUACUAAAAAUGUAUUAAUUAAUAUUUAAAGGCAAAAGAGUAUAAAUCAACGAAAAUUUCUAUAAGUAAAAUAAUUUAGUUAAGAAAAUUAUACAAAAAAAUAUAAUUAAGAAGAGAAGAAAACAAAAAAAUAAUAAAACGAAGUGGUGCGUGUGUUAACGUAAAAAAAUUUAUAUGUAUGAAACCGACAACAACAACGAAAAAUAAAGAAAAAGAAGAGUCAUUGAGAAAAAAAAAUGAAAUUAAGAAUUUAAAGAGUAGAUAGAAGUGGUAUGAAUUAAUUAUUAAUUUAGUAGUAAAAAAUUAACAACAAAAACAAAUACAAAGUACACAUUGCAAAUACAAAAAAAAAAUCAACACUUUGGAGAAGAAGAUAAACAUUUAACAAAAACAAAACAGAAUGUAAAGCAAAGAAAACAACAAAAAAAGUAAUUCAUAUUUUAACACACCACACCCUUUAAUAAAUUUGUUAAAACAAAAUCCAAAGAAAAGCAGAAGAUACACGACAACAAAGAAAAAGUAACAACAACAAAAGAAGCUUAAAUUUUAAAAAUAUUUUGGAAAUGUGUCCUUGAAUGGUUAUUUGAAUAAAACAACAAAAAACUAUAAUAAAGGAAUCAAAACAACUGUCAAACAACCAACCAACCAUCCAGCAGCAACCACAAUCAAAAUAACAACAAUAAUAACAAAAACAACAACCAUAACAACACAACAAAUAAGUGUCAACAAAAGCCUUUUCAUAUUUCUACUGCAUUUUAGUGAUAUUGUUGUUAUUGUUUUAAGUCUAAUUGACUCUCACAGGAAGUGAUGUCAUUUUAACAACAAAAACCCAUCUUCAAAAGCUCUCUUUGCUUUCACAAACAACAUCACAACAACAAUAACAAGCAACUCACUUAACAAACCUUGACAAUUUGUCAAAUGUUUGUGAGCAGUACUUUAAUUUGCAAAUAAACAAAAGAAUUAAGAGUAAAAAUAUCAUAUUUAACAAAGUUUUUUCUUAAAACAUAAUUUAUAUUUAAAAAAAGUGUUUUUGUGCUAUUGUUUUUUUAAAACGUUUUGUGUUAUUGCUUUUAUUGCAAAAAUGCCUUUAAUAAGGCAUCCUCGAAAAGUUGUGCCUCCUUGUAGAAGAGCAGCAGCCGCAGCAAAAUCAUCAUCAUCAUUUCACGGUUGUUUAUUCUAUUUAAUCGUACUUACCAUAUGUCUGCCAAUCUUUAUCAAUAACAGUCCUGGUGUUCGGGCUGCUGUUGUUGCUGUACCAACAACAACAACAAAGUCCUCAACGAAUAAUGUCAAAACGGAUACAGCACAGUCAAAAGCUUAUUCAUCAUCAACGUCAUCAUCAUCAUCAUCAUCACCAUCAUCUACUUCUAAGUUUGUAACGGGUGCUACUUCAAAUAAUUUCGCUAUUUUAGAUGAUUUUUCAUCACAUUCUGUGAUACGUCCAAAAAUUCAUCAUGCCAGACAUAAAAGAGAAAUACGUCAUACAUUAGAUGCGGAUGGUCUACAUGCAUCUCAUAUCACUUUAACGUAUCAUCAUAAAGGUCAACAGAUUUUAAUUGAUCUUAAACGUAACGAUGACUUACUGCCUUCAGAACAUUUUUUACGUUAUCAAAAUUCGAAUAUAACACAAGGACAUGUUGUGAAAAAUUUUACCAAGACUGAAAUUGAAUUGUGUCAUUAUCAGGGUUCUAUACGUGACCAACCUCAAUCGUAUGUUGCUGUUUCGACGUGUAAUGGCGGCAUUAAUGGCAUCAUUUUCGAUGGCAUUGACACAUUUUUCAUACACUCUGGCAGUGAUGGGCAAUUAUAUGAUGAACAUUUUUUGUAUAGACAUGGAGAUUUUACUAAAAAUACCACUUGUGGUUAUGAUCAUGAACAUCAUGAAGAGAAACAAGAUUUUCUCAAGAAUUUGGAAGACAAUAAGGUGCCUGAUAUAGCCAAUCAUAUAGAUGGUUUAGAAUUUAAUCGCAUUUUAAGGCAUAAACGUUCUUAUGAUGACAGUAAUAUGAUACGUGGACCCUAUAAUUCCAAUAAACAUUCAUCCUAUGUGGAAAUCGUUAUAGUAGUAGACAAUAAAGCCUUUAAAUCUUUUAAUGAAAAUAUCAAAAAAGUUCAUCAACAUUGUAAAGAUUUAGCCAAUAUUAUGAAUGCUCUCUAUGUUCCUUUAAAUAUUUUCAUAGCUUUAGUGGGUGUUGUUAUAUGGAAUGAAUCGAAUGAAAUUGAAAUAACACCUGAUGCUGAUGUGACAUUAAGAAAUUUUUUAAAUUAUAGACGUACGAAAUUGGUAUUGGAGCAUCCAAAUGAUUCGGCUCAACUGUUGACAAAGAUUAAAUUCGAUAAGGGUGUAGUAGGCAAAGCCUUUAAAGGACCCAUUUGCACCCACGAAUACUCUGGCAGUGUUAGCGUAGAACACAGCCCCGUAGUAGGUGUUGUGGCUACCACCAUGGCCCAUGAAUUGGGUCAUAAUUUUGGCAUGGAACAUGACUCCUCCGAUUGUAAAUGUCAAGAUGAAAAGUGUAUUAUGUCUGCCAGUAGUACCUCAGUAUUACCCACCCAUUGGAGUUCCUGUAGCAUAGAUCAAUUAAAUAUUGCCUUUUCGAGAGGCAUGAACUAUUGUCUGCGCAAUAAACCCACUAAACUGUUCGAUUCACCACAAUGUGGCAAUGGUUUUGUGGAACCGGGCGAACAGUGUGAUUGUGGCUUGCCGAACUAUUGUGAAAAUACCUGCUGUGAUCCUUAUACUUGUAUGUUGCAUACAAAUGCCUCUUGUGCCACCGGAGAAUGUUGUGAUUUAACCACCUGUCGUCCCAAAAUAGCCGGCACCGAAUGUCGUAAUGCGGAAAAUGAAUGUGAUUUGCCCGAAUACUGUACCGGUGAAUCGGAGUAUUGUCCGCGUGAUGUUUUCAAACGUGACACAGAAGAGUGUGACAAUGGCCAGGCCUAUUGUUAUCAGGGUAAUUGUAGAUCUCAUUCUUAUCAAUGUCGCAUUUUAUGGGGACCCACAGGAGAAAACUCUGAACCUUGUUAUGCCCAAAUGAAUGUUCAAGGCAAGAGAGUGGGUAAUUGUGGCUACAAUCGCUUGAAUAGUACCUAUAUAGCCUGUGAAGAAGAGAAUGCUUUGUGUGGUAUGUUGCACUGUAGACAUUUAAAUGAAAAACUGGAAUUUGGCAUGGAAACUGCAGCCGUUUUGUCACAUUCCUUUAUAACUCACGACAACAAUAUUGUGCCCUGUAGAUCAGCUUUAGUAGAUUUAGGUUUACAGUUUAUGGAUCCGGGAUUAACACCAAAUGGUGCCAAAUGUGGUGAUAAUAAAAUGUGUGUUGACCAGAAAUGUCUAGCCAUAGAACAUUUGCGUUAUACCGGCAUGGGCAAGGAAUGCCCAGAGAACUGCAAUGGCAAUGGUAUAUGCAAUAGCAAGGGUAAUUGCCACUGUAAUAUAGGAUUUACGGGACCUACUUGUAAAAUGCCAGGACCAGGAGGUUCAGUAGACAGUGGUCCAGCCACUAAUCCCAAUAGUCACGAAGCUUUCCAGCGCUUUUUGUAUAUCUUCUUCUUUGCCGUUUUACCCAUCAUGGCUGCCUUCUGUUUCUUCAUGUACUAUUGUCGUCAUCAUCCGCUCUUCGUUGGUGGCAAAUUGGCUGAAAAUAUUAUUAAAUCAGCCAGCGGUGCUAAACAACCGCCUAGAGGUCCUCACGCCAAUAGCGGCAAUCAAAUGCAGGCCAACGGUUUACCCAAAUCUACGCCCAGCAGUACGGAUGAUAUGAAUUCGGCUUUGCUGAAAUCGCCCAGUGAUUCGAAUGAUAAUGUGGGUAAUGGUGGUUUGUAUGGCAAAUUUAAAGGUUUCACUUUAAGGCCCCUAAACGAUGCCACCUCACCGACCAGUAACUUUACCGGACCAAAUGUAGCCUAUGUUCAGCCUACCUUACAGGAUAAUUCAAUGCAGGUGCCACAGAGAGCUGCACCACCACCACCUCUCAAACCCAGUGAAGUUAAAUUGAAUGGCACCUUAACUAGGAAAGCUCCCGCGGUACCUGUUGCCCCCAAUACAGCUCCAGGCCCGGCUUUACCUCCGCCAAAUCCCGGCUCGACUGCCCGGCCCAUAAUAUCCAUGCCAGUAUUAGAGAAUUCCACACUCUCAAUGUCUCCUACUAGACCAGCUCCCACAGUACCAGAAGUAGAAUUCUUAAAGCCAGCACCACCACCUCCAGUACCUUUACACAAUGAUCCUAAAUUAAAUGUCAAAAGAGAUGGCACCAUACGCCGCAUAACCUCGUUUUUGAAAAAGGAAGAAAAAGUGCCACCAAAAGAAAAAACCUAUAUUGAUCGUGAAAAAUUGAAAAAUUUAGAAAUAUCCGCACCCAUUCCCCUUAACAAUUCACCGCCUGGUGAGUCCUCCAACUCAGAUUCGGAAACUUUAACACCCAAAGAGGAAGAAACCAAAAAUCUAGUGAAACGUGCUCAAUCUAUGCGUUCGCCCACUAAGAAACCCAAUAUACCAACCUUUGGUUCUAUGCGUCAAACCGCCCAGGGACAAACUAGACCUAAAAGUGCCGUUUCCUCGCAAACACUAAACGCGGCAAGACCCAAAAGUCCUCCGCCUAGACCACCACCAUUAAAGAAAACUAAUUCAACUACUUCAUCUGGUUACCAAUUGCCCAUAGCAGUUAAACGUGGUCCGGAACACACCUACGAUGACUGUGAAUUUGUCGAGCAACCUUUGGCCAGUGUGGAGGAACAAGAUUCUCCCUUGCACCGAGCCAGCACCAAUGAGAAUGAUAACAUUUACUCUGUUAUAGAUGAAAUACCACCAGCUGCCCAGACCAUUAGACGUAGUGAUUUGGUGGGCAGUCAACGUAAUAGUGUGGCCAGUAGUACCGAUAUGGGACUAUUGGGUGAAAUAGUCAAUGAAAUUGAAAAACGUAAUGGUGGUGAUUCGAUUUACUCAGCCACAGCCACGAAUCUAGUUAAACAAAAAUCCAAAGAUGAAACACAAAAACCCAAAGUGGAGGAAGUGAAAAAAGAAGCAACCGCCACAAAAGAGUCUCAAAUAAACACAAAUACUAAAACUAGUUUAAGUACAACACAACCCCAAACAUCCUAUUUAAGGCCAGCUCCAGUGAAUGCACCCAUAGCACGAGUGGCUCCCACAAGAUCAGAUAUUUCACCCACCAAUGCAUUUUCAAGUUUUAAACCACCGCCUCACUCAGCAAACGCAGCAGCAGCAACAGCCAGCUCGUCUUCGUCUUCAAGCUCAGCGACACAAAAUAAAUUUAGCGGAGUUGGAGCAGCCAAGGCUAAAACAUUUGGUCAAAAAUCAGUAACACAACCAAAAACACUGCCAGCAAAUGGUGUGGCCAAUAAACCAAGUGCUACCAUACAAAAACCCAAGCCAUUGUCGGCAAAGCCAUCAUUCAACAACAACAUCAAUGCAAAAAAGCCCACAAAGGCACCAACAGCACCCACGACCACAGCAGCUGCUAGAUCAACGAUUUCGGGGAAACCAUCGACUACAGUGGCGUCAUUAACGCAAAAAUUUGAACCCUCUAAAACGAGUAGCGGCAGCACAAUAACAACGACGACGACGUCCUUAAGAAAAUAGUUUUAAGUUAAAAAGAAGUUAAUUAGUUAUUAUGUAAUUUUAUACAAUAGGGUGGCCCCCAUUGUAGGAAAAAGGUAGUGAUGUUCUCAAAGAAAAUGAAAGCUUGAUUCAUUAUAUGAAACCUUUAAGAAAAAUGAUUGUUCUGAUGUCAAUAUUUGGCGAUUUUCAUUUUCGAUGGUCCAUCAGCAAUCCCAUUUUGGGGCCACCCUACUAUACAUACAUAAAUAUUCUCCUAAAACUAUAAACGCACUGAUUUUGAUUUAGAGAAAAAGAAGAGUAAUUAAAAUUAAUACAAACAGAGAUGGACGAUUACUACGGCCAACUGAUCUAAAUAUAAUUCAAAGGAUAAAAAAUUUAUUAGAAUUACAAUUAAAUUUUUUACACAUAAUUUUUCUAAACAAUAAUUUUUUCAAAAUUUUAUUUAAAAAUUAAUUUGUACACUAUUGUUUGAAAUAGUAUACAAAUUACUUUUCAACUUUCGAUCUCGAAUUUUGAAUCUUUUCCAAAAAUAAAUUCUUGUCCAUCUCUUAUUUAAAAAAAAAAAGAAAACUGCUUACUAAUUUAAGUUUCUAAACAAAUGUUGAAAAACAUCACAUUAAGUUUAUUUUUUAACCUUAAAAAAUAUAAUAUUUAUUAAAAAACGAAAAAACCUAUUAAUUAAGUAUAAUUAAAUUCAUUAUAAAAUGAAAAUUAUAUACAAGUGAUAUUCAUUCCUUCUUUAAUUCUUUAGUGACACUAAAAAAUUUUGUAAUACUUUGAACGUCGAACGAUAAUACUUUUUAUAGCUUUUCUUCCUUUUUUAACUUUUUGUUCUAAAUAAAAACGAAAUUUAAGUUUAUUUUCUCAUAUAUUUUUUUUUUUUCAGUUUUGUAUAAAAUUUGUUUUUGUUGUAGAAAUUUUCGUUUUAAGUUUUGUAUUUUUUUAAUAUUUUUAAUUAUAAAUAUGUAUUUUAAUUUAAUUUUUUUUGCAACACCUGUAUAAAAUAUUUAGACUUGUAUAAUUUUUACAUUUUAAUUUGUAUUUUUUUAAUUUGAAAUGAUUUAAGUUAUUAAAAAAUU